AUGCCACCGCUACCAGAGAAGCCCCCGCUGUACCAGGUUGGCUACAUCGCCACGCCCGAAGCAAUCCACGCGAAGGAAGUGUGCGAAUUCACCCAGAAUCGCACCAAAAGGUGUCUCAAAGCUGCGCUGAAUAUGUGGCUCGCCCGAGUACUCCGCAAGCGGCAGAUGACUCUCGAGUGUGAUUCACCUAAGGAAUGGCAAAAGCUCGUGAAGCGCGAAGCGUUGCUCAAAUCACUCGGGAUAGGGAACCCGAAGAAAGCGCGAGGGAGCAAGCAACCGUGGUUAGGGAUGCCACGCCACUACGAUCCUCCCUCAUCUCCGGCGCGCUCGUCCGCGCGCCUCCCACCUGAAGCGUUCGCGAGAGCAAAAGCGAAGCUCCUUGCGCGGCGCCUGCACGAGGAGCUGGACAAGGCUGCAGAGAAGUUCGCAAAUAUGGGGAUACAGGAAUGCGAGGAUGAGGAAACGGGUCAGAAGGUGAAGCGGUCGAUGCGGCUGAAGGGCACGAAAGAAAAGAAGGAACGGGCGGAAGCUGAGAAGGCAGUAAUCGACGCGUUGGAGAAGUUGGAUAUACGAGAGGAUGAUGGCGGGAGUGAGGAAGGCGGGCAGAGAAGGGACACGGGAAGGAGGUUCAGUACAAAGGGGAAACAGAGGCGAGCGAAGGUAUGGGGUCCGUACCUUGAGCGAAUGCGCCGUCGGGAAGGUGGCAUGCCGGCAGACAGGUUAAGCAGUGGUCCUUUCGAAUUCGAGAACAAUGCCAAUCAUGCGUGGAUUCAGUCCGAAGCCCCUGCGGCAACUGGAGAAGUGGAAGCGGUUGACAUACCUCGUCCAGAAGAUGAUAUGCAGGAAACUAUGGGUUCCUCUGUCAGCGUCAGCUUUGAGUCGGGCGCGCAAGAGGCCGAGGAAGAUCAGCCAGCGGAAACGGAAGGGGAAUGGGACGAGCACGCUAUAGUGCGGGAGAGUACACCGAUGGAACAUCAGGAGGCUCAAGGACCGCUCAGCGAGCCUUCGAAGCCUCUGAUUCCAGUCAGCGACACCCUCCCCGGGAUUGCAAGAAUCGACUAUCCCGAGUUUGGACUACCGCUCUACCACACGCCUCGAAGACUGCGCAUUCACGAUGUAGAAGUCGAGUCCGAAAUAGAACUGGACUGGGGCAGCGACGACGCGGGGAGCAUCACAACCGAGAUAAUCGAAGACAUCGAUGUGGACCUACCGGAAAACACGGGCAUGUCACAGCUGGAUCGAGACAGCUCCAUACGCUCGGUUGACCAGAUGGAUACAUUGGACCGUGAUACGUCCCUGCAGUAUCCUGUCGCUGCAAACGAACUGCAACGGGAUUUAUCCAUGAGAUUGAUUGACCCUGCGGAUGACAUCGCCGAGGCAAUGGAAAAUAUUGAGAUCAUGCUGGAUGGGAGUUUCAUGCAGUUGUGA